GCCAAACAAUGGAGGAUUCCGAUCUCUUCACAGGCUAGAAAUGAAUCUCAUUCAUGCUGCUAAGAUGAAGACCUACUCCUGCACCUAUUGUCUAUUGUCUAUUGAGAGAGGGGGAGAGAGAGAGAUGAGAGAUUUCUCCCUUACCCAAGAGGGGAGGGGGGGGGGGGGUGCAAUGCGGAUUCUAACUGUCACCAAGUUACUCGACGAUCGGAAUGAAUCGGCAACGGUUUCAGAUAUGACACAUUAUACGAAGAAAAGCAAAUGGUCAGAACAACAGGUGACAUGAAUGAUCACAAUGGAGUGAUGUCACUCUGAUCUCACAAUGGCAUGGUGACUUUCUGCUGGUGUGUGUCCACUUUCCUCACACAAGCUGGUGAGACAGUCCCGAGGCCAGUUUGUUCUUGAAGCCACUCUUGAAGUCGAGGAGAAGAUGUCGGACUGGAAGAACUACAUCAACAGUAUCCUGAAGGAUAAGAAUGUGGAAGACGUUGCCAUUGUGGGCCAUGUCAAUAACAAGGCAGUCUGGGCGUCCAAGCCCGGUGGUAUACUGGCUGCCAUCUCCCCUCAAGAGGUCAGCACGUUAAUGGGACAGGAUCGCAAGACCUUCUUGCAGACGGGCAUCACCAUCGGAGGGAAGAAGUGCUCCGUCAUCAGGGACAACCUGCUGGUCAACAACGACGAGGUGAUGGACGUCCGGAUGAAAGGCGGGCAAUGCAAGAGCAUCUGCAUCGGAAAAACCAUCAAGACCAUGGUGUUUGUAAUGGGCAAAAGAGGGGUCCACGGUGGAGUCCUCAACAAGAAGGUCCAUGAGAUGGCCAGCUAUCUGAAGCAGAAGGGGUUUUAAUGGCAGGGGAGGGAUUUUGAACCCAUUUUUACAAACCCAGAUUAACAAUAAAUUGUUAACUA